ACCAUAAAUCAACUUUGCCCAUACGUUAUCUAAGGUUUUUUAUUUGAUGGCUGAGGACAAAACUUGUGGUGUUUAACGGUGUUUGUUGUCCUAACCAAUGUUUUUAUCCUCCAUCACACCCUAAUUCAGCUAUAAAAUGUUGAGCAAGGAAAAGAGGAUCCCUAAUGUAAUGAAGUACGUGAAGCUGCAUAAGUGCAGGCUCAAUUAAGAUGAGUUAUUGUUCCAUACAUCGGAAUCCGGUGAUGGAAGGGGAACGAUAUGUGACAAAGAAGACGCACACAAGAUACAUAAGGUGACAACAAAAUUUGUGGAAGCUAGCUAUGCAAAGGUUCUUUGAGGCUAGGGAACAAUGGCAGAAAAAGCAACAACCAUGUAAUGGUAUCUGCAGUGUUGGUGAUCAUAUCAAGAAGGUUGAUGGUACAAGUAGCACGAGGAUAAGUGGGUCUAAUUGAAUGAAAUUCAAGUGCUUGGACCUAGUUUUUCUAGUUAUUAAUACGUGAUCAGUACAAAGAUAUUCUCUAAGGGGGACAAGGGAAUUAUUCCCCUUGUCACUCCAAGAAGUAAAAGAAAUUCUGUUUUUAUUUUCUUUAAUUGGUUUCUUUUUCAAUAAAUUAUACAAGACCUUGUGUGUGUGUGUGUGAAUAUCACAUUUGAGUACCUAUGAAUUUUAGUAUUAGAUCCUUGCUUGGAAUAUCAUCUUUCUUUUUAUUGUCUUCUCUCUCAAGAUCCUUCCCUGUAUAUUUCAAGGUACAAAAGCAACAAACUAUCCAUUGGAUGCCACACAAUUCUUGAUUUCAGUUUCUUGUUUUGUUCUGUUCUGUUCCAAAAGAUGGAUGUAGGCUUAUCAAUCUUGAUGGGGUUACAAGCAACAGCGCUGUUCCUCAUCUUUGUAUCUCUCCAAAAUCUUGAUUUCACUUUAUUAUCAUUACCAUUCUUGUAUGCCUCGUUAGUAUCCUUACUUGUAUCACUGGCUUCUCAUCCAUCAAUCAAUAUCCCUACGCUUUUACGCAAAAAACAAGAUGGGACUUUUCCUAUUUGGUCACUUAUAAUUUUUAGUCCAUACCUAUAUUUUGUUAGAAUCUUUUCAUUUCUACGCAGGUUUACUAGUGGGGAGGAGCCUUAUAAUGAGAUUUGUGAGGGUGUUUAUGUUGGUGGGUGGCCUUAUUCCGUUGAUAAAUUGCCACCUGGUAAUCCUGCUAUUAUAGAUUGUACUUGUGAGUUUCCUAGAAAAGAGGAGUUCAAAGGGCGUUCUUAUUUGUGUCUUCCAACUUGGGAUACAAGGGCACCUCAGCCUGGAGAGAUUGAAUCUACUGUCGAGUGGGCUAGCAGGAAAAGAGCUCAGAAUGUGCCUGUUUUCAUUCACUGUGCUUAUGGUCAUGGAAGAAGUGUCGCUGUAAUGUGCGCACUGUUGGUGGCUCUAGGCGUGGUGGAAGAUUGGAAAAAGGCUGAGCUGUUCAUAAGAGAAAGACGACCUUAUAUUUCAAUGAACUCCGUCCAAUACAAGGCCUUGGAAGAAUGGUCAAAGCACCGGUUAUCUACUCCUAGCAUAGAUGAAGUGAACUCAAGUUCUGCAGUCCCAUCAACUUCUUCUGGACGCUCUCGAGCUGAUAGGCCAAAAAACAGAAGUGGUUAGCAUGCUUAAUUAAUGUGCUGCGGGCUAUUAUUUCAGGUAGCCCAUGUGCUUUUAGUUAAUUAAAAAAACUAAGCCGAAUGACGGUGUUUGGAUGUCAAAAUGUGAUCCAUGGACAUGAAUAGGAACCUUGAACUACGAUGUAUAGACAUUUUCGAUUUGCUAUUGGAAAAAAUGACGAUUUUCAUUUUCAUUA